UUGUGUUACUUCGUUUCUUUCUUUUGUUCGCAGACUCUCCACUCCUCCUCCAUCGUCCUACACCCAAUUGAGUACCCCUAGAGCUCCAGCUAGCUCUGUUACCUGACUGACCGAAGAACUGGACUCGAUUCGUACAACAAUAGCAAUUGCAAGCUCCUCAUGUCUGCCUCAGCACUGUUAAAGAGCCGUGUCAGAAGACCGAGCUACCUUAAGAAGCUUGCGAAAGCUGAGGACCUGCUGCACCAUUUCCCCAAUGGCGCUUAUAUCGGUUGGAGUGGCUUCACAGGCGUUGGAUAUCCUAAGAAAAUCCCCACCGCACUAGCCGACCAUGUCGAGAAGAAUGGACUGCAGGGACAGCUCAAGUACAAUCUGUUCGUUGGAGCUUCGUCGGGUGCGGAGACGGAGAACAGAUGGGCGCGACUCAACAUGAUCGAGAGGCGGUCUCCGCAUCAGGUGGGCAAGGAGAUUGCAAAGGGUAUCAAUAAUGGAAACAUCAAGUUCUUCGACAAGCAUCUUAGUAUGUUUCCCGUGGAUUUGAUGUACGGUUUCUAUACUCUCAACAAGCCAAACAACAAACUCGACGUCACCAUCGUCGAAGCCAGUGCCAUCACUGAAGAUGGUGGUAUCAUCCCAGGAGCAUCUGUCGGAGCCUCGCCAGAACUCAUCCAAAUGGCCGACAAGAUCAUCAUCGAAGUCAACACUGCUGCUCCAUCUUUUGAGGGCCUCCACGACAUCACCAUGACCGACCUCCCACCCCGCCGCAAGCCUUACCUCGUCAUGAGCCCCGAGGAUAGGAUUGGAACGCCUCACAUUCCCGUCGACCCUGAGAAAGUGGUCGCCAUUGUGGAAUCCGAUUACCCUGACCAGACGCAACCCAAUGCACCUGAGGAUGACACCUCACGAGCAAUUGCAUCUAACUUGAUUGAGUUCUUGAAGCACGAGGUCAACCAUGGCAGACUUCCCCAGAAUCUUCUCCCCAUCCAGUCUGGCAUUGGCAACAUCGCCAACGCCGUCGUCGGUGGCCUUGCCUCCGGCGGAGCCAACUUCAAGAACCUUCGCGUCUGGACCGAAGUCCUCCAAGACUCCUUCCUCGACCUCUUCGACUCCGGCAACCUCGACUUCGCCACCGCAACCUCGAUCCGCUUCUCCCCCGACGGCUUCCACCGCUUCUACGACAACUGGGACCAAUACGCACCCAAACUCCUCCUCCGCUCGCAGCAAGUCUCCAACUCCCCCGAAAUCAUCCGCCGCCUCGGCGUAAUCGGCAUGAACACCCCCGUCGAAGUCGACAUCUACGCGCACGCCAACUCCACCUGCGUAAUGGGCUCCCGCAUGCUCAACGGCCUCGGCGGCUCCGCCGACUUCCUCCGCUCCGCAAAGUACUCCAUCAUGCACACGCCGUCCACCCGCCCCUCCAAAACCGACCCCACGGGCGUCUCCUGCAUCGUCCCCAUGUGCACGCACAUCGACCAGACCGAGCACGACCUCGACGUCAUCGUCACCGAGCAGGGUCUCGCAGACGUGCGUGGUCUCUCCCCCCGCGAGCGUGCGCGUGUGAUCAUCGAGAAGUGCGCGCAUCCGGAUUACAAGCCGAUAUUGCAGGAUUACUUCGACAAGGCGGAGUUUGAGUGCUUGAGGAAGGGGUGGGGCCACGAGCCGCAUUUGUUGUGGAAUAGCUUCGAUAUGCAUAGGCAUUUGAAUGAGCACGGGACGAUGAAGCUGCCGAAGUGGGAUUAUAAGUCGUAGGGGGGAUGCAGACGCGCGACGAUUAUACGUAUGAAUGGUUACAUCUCUGUUCAAUAGAGUAGGUAUAUUAAAAAGCCAAAAAUAUAGCUGACUAUAAUUCACACAUGCAUAUAUCCAUGUCAUGUUAUAUAUGAUAACGAUUUUCCUUAACCGUGCAGAGAUUCGACCACCACAACUUCCCUAUAAUGCUUAUAGAAAUCAAUAAUGUCGUACAGAAUUCCCCAUUUUUCUCAACAUUUGAUAGCUAGAAUGGAAUAAUGCAAAUAGUC